UCUCUGGGGAACGGACCCUUGCGAACGCAACUUCCGGCCCAGUCAGGUGCGGGGAGUCGCCGCGUUCGCCUUGGGGAUCCCGUGGCGGCCGGACUCGCGUGGCCAUGUGGCGGCUGCUGGCUCGAGCCGGAGCGCCGCUCCUUAGAGCGCGGCUGUCAGAUUCUUGGGCCGUCCCGCCCGCCAGUGCUGGCCUAAAGACGCUGCUCCCGGUGCCGACUUUUGAGGAUGUCUCCAUUCCUGAAAAGCCCAAGCUUAGAUUUGUUGAAAGGGUACCACUCGUGCCAAAAGUGAGAAGGGAACCUAAGAACUUGAGUGACAUCCGGGGACCUUCUACUGAAGCUACUGAGUUCACAGAAGGCAGUUUUGCAAUCUUGGCACUGGGUGGUGGUUACCUCCAUUGGGGCCAUUUUGAAAUGAUGCGCCUGACAAUCAACCGCUCUAUGGACCCCAAGAACAUGUUUGCUUUAUGGAGAGUACCAGCCCCUUUCAAGCCCAUCACCCGCAAGGGUAUGGGACAGCGCAUGGGGGGAGGCAAAGGUGCCAUUGAUCACUACGUGACUCCUGUGAAGGCUGGCCGUCUCAUAGUAGAGGUGGGUGGGCGUUGUGAAUUCAAAGAGGUACAAGGUUUCCUGGACCAGGUUGCCCACAAGUUGCCCUUCCCAGCAAAGGCCGUGAGCCGUGAGACUCUUGAGAAGAUGCGGAAAGAUCAGGAGGAACGGGAACAGAACAACCAAAACCCCUGGACCUUUGAGCGCAUAGCCACUGCCAACAUGCUUGGGAUACGGAAAUUCCUGAGCCCGUAUGACUUGACCCAGAAGGGGCAGUACUGGGGCAAGUUCUAUAUGCCUGAACGUGUGUAGUGAGAAUGGGAGACAUAAAUGUACAAAGGCUACCAAGAGAGAGAAUCUACAUUUUUAUUCCCCUCAGCCUACCCUUACAGUCUUUGGGUGGCUCUGAGAUCUAACCAAGGAGCAGUAUAUGAGUAAAUUAUUUCUGAGAAAUUGUAGAAUAUCUGUUGAUUUUUUUUUAAGUGCAUUAUAUUUAUAUCAAAUAAAGUAUGAGUAUCACCUCAGGA